AUGGCGCUCGCGCGCGGGCGUGGACGUGCGUUCGCGUCGACGCCGGUGACGACGCGUCGAGGGCGCGCGCGCGCGCGCGUGCGCGCGUCGGCGGCGCGAGAUGUCUCGCCUGAUCGCGUCGCGGCGAGCGCGACGGGGGCGAAGACGGGGAAGCGCGUGUUUCGCUUUGGCGCGGGCGCCGCGGAUGGCGCGCGGGACGCCAAAGGGUCGCUCGGAGGUAAAGGCGCGAACUUGGCCGAGAUGUCUCGAGUCGGCUUAUCGGUCCCGCCCGGGUUCACGGUGACCACGGAAACGUGCGCGGAUUACCACGAGAAUGGGAGCGAGUUACCUCCGGGGGCGUGGGAGGAGAUGGUGGAGGGGCUUGGGCACAUCGAACAGGCGCUCGAUAAAAAGCUCGGCGACGCUGAGAACCCGUUACUCGUGAGCGUGCGAUCGGGCGCCGCGGUGAGCAUGCCAGGAAUGAUGGAUACCGUGUUGAAUCUCGGAUUGAACGACGCGUGCGUCGAGGGGUUGGCGAAGAAGGCGGGCGGACGCUUCGCGUUUGACUCGUACCGUCGAUUCUUGGACAUGUACGGCAACGUCGUCAUGGGCGUCGAUCAUCACAAGUUCGAGAAUGCUCUCGAGCGAAUGAAGAAAGAUGUCGGGGCGAAGAGCGACGAAGACCUCACCGAGGCCAACCUUCGCGAUCUCGUCGAGAUCUACAAGGGGGUAUACGCCUCGGAGGGCGUCGCGUUUCCGCAGGACCCUUACGAGCAGCUCAAGCUUGCCACUUUCGCGGUGUUCGACUCGUGGAACAGCGACCGGGCGAAGAAGUACAUGUCCAUCAAUAAAAUCACCGGUUUGAGGGGCACGGCUGUGAACAUCCAGGCCAUGGUCUUCGGAAACAUGGGCGAGACCUCCGGCACCGGCGUCUUGUUCACUCGUAACCCGAGCACGGGUGAGAACAAGUUGUACGGCGAGUACUUGGUCAACGCGCAGGGUGAAGACGUCGUCGCAGGCAUCCGCACGCCGAGCGAUAUCUCCACCAUGGCGGAGGCGCUCCCGCAAGCGUACGAUCAGUUGGUCAAGAACUGUGAACUCCUCGAGUCGCACUACAAGGAUAUGCAGGACAUUGAAUUCACCGUGCAAGAGGGCACGCUCUACAUGCUUCAGUGCCGAAGCGGCAAGCGUACGGGCGCGGGCGCGGUGAAAAUUGCGGUUGACCUCGUCAAGGAUGGUUUCGUCACCGAGGAAGAAGCCGUACAAAUGGUUGAGCCAACGCACGUGGAUCAACUGCUGCACCCGCAAUUCAAGGAUGAAAAGGCGUACAAGCCGGACGUCAUCGGAUCUGGUUUGCCCGCGUCUCCGGGCGCUUCCGUGGGCCAAAUCGUCUUUACCACCGAAGAUGCCGAGGUUGCGAAAGCAGAAGGGCGCAAGGUGAUCCUCGUUCGCGUCGAGACGUCUCCAGAAGAUGUCGGCGGCAUGGACGCCGCUGAGGGCAUCCUCACCGCGCGCGGCGGCAUGACCUCCCACGCCGCCGUCGUCGCGAGAGGCUGGGGUAAGACGUGCGUCUCCGGUUGCACAGAUUUAACCGUCGAUGAGCGAGGUAAGACACUCACGCUCGGUGGCGUCACCUUGGUCGAAAACGACUGGCUCAGUCUCAACGGUACCACUGGUGAAAUCAUCCGCGGCCGCGCCGAGCUCGCUCCGCCAUCUGUGACCGAAGAUUUGGGCCUCUUCAUGUCUUGGGUUGACAAGUUCCGCACAAUGAAGGUGUUCACCAACGCCGACACCCCUGAGGACGCCGCCGCGGCGCGCGCGAACGGCGCCGAAGGUAUCGGUCUCGUGCGUACGGAGCACAUGUUCUUCGGAAGCGGCGAGCGCAUCCGCGCCGUGCGAAGAAUGAUCAUGGCCAAGGACACGCCGUCUCGCGAAACCGCCCUCGAUGAAUUGCUUCCUUACCAACGCGAGGAUUUCAAGGGUAUCUUCGUCGCCAUGAGUGGUCUUCCAGUGACGAUUCGCCUCCUUGAUCCACCGCUUCAUGAAUUCCUGCCGGACGGUGAGCUCGACGACGUCAUCUCUCUCCUCUCUGAGGACACUGGUGAGGAUGAAGACUCGAUCGUCGAUCGUAUCGAAAAGCUCGCUGAAGUAAAUCCGAUGCUUGGUUUCCGUGGCUGCCGUUUGGCCAUCACGUACCCGGAGAUUGCUCGCAUGCAAGUCCGAGCAAUUUUCGAAGCCGCCAUCGAGGCCGAGAAGGAGGGCUCCACCGCUAUCCCUGACAUCAUGGUCCCUCUCGUGGGAACGGUCGCCGAACUCGAGGAUCAAGUCGCGCUCAUUCGUCAAACUGCGAGCGUGGUGUUCGCGGAGCAAGGUAAGACGAUCGAUUAUCGCGUCGGUACGAUGAUUGAGAUUCCGCGAGCGGCGCUUCUCGCCGAUCAAAUCGCCGCUCACGCUGAGUUCUUCUCCUUCGGUACGAACGACUUGACGCAAAUGACGUUCGGCUACUCUCGUGACGACGUCGGUAAGUUCUUGCCAACCUACCUCGAGAAGGGAAUCCUGAAGCACGAUCCGUUCCAAGUUAUCGACCGCGACGGCGUCGGACAACUGAUUAAGAUGUCCGUCAAGAAUGGCCGCAGCGCGAGAUCCGACUUGAAGGUCGGCAUCUGCGGUGAACACGGAGGAGAACCGAUGUCGGUGGAAUUUUUCGCCCAGAGCGGACUCGACUACGUGUCGUGCUCACCCUUCCGCGUUCCGAUCGCUCGUCUCUCGGCCGCGCAAGCUGCCAUUCGCGCGAAGAAGGACGUCAGUCCUCCGUAA